UAUGACAUUUCAUCAAGUGUUGUUACUCUGACUUUAUUUUAUUCCAAAAUGAAUACAUGUUUUAUGUACAUUCAAAUGUUUUCAAAAAUUGAAACAAAUUGUGGUGUUACAUGGUUAUGAUUAAUAUGAGUCUAAUUCCGAAUAUUCAAUUUCAGGUCGUAUAAUUACCGAUUGUUUUGCAGAGCAUAAAAUAUAGAUAUAAUGGUAUACAAUAUUUCAGCUGCACAAAUAUUACAGCAAGCUGAAGACUUGAAAAUUAAAGUACUAGGCAAGCGGGACUUACUGAACGACUCGCAGGCAUGGUUAGAACUACAAAAACUGCAGACAGUUUAUCAACAAGCCUUGAUUCUAGAUUUAGAAUAUGCACUGGAUAAAAAGGUCGAAGUUGAUUUAUGGAACAUUGGUUUUAAAAACCAUAUCAAUAUUUUACAAGAAUUUGUAAGGGAUAAGAAGAAUCCACAAAGAUCAGAUUGUCAGGCUCUAUUAACAUGGUUUUUAGAAUCAGCUUCUGGAUUUUACAUUUCUCUUUUGCAAGAAUUUUGUAACAAAUAUGAAAUUGAUUUGUGUUUUCGACGUCAAGGAAGAAUAUAUGGUCAAGCAAAGGAAUUAUUAGGAAAUGAUCAUUUUAAUUCACCACAAUCUACUUCUUGCCUCUAUAUUUGCCAGUAUUGUUUGGUACAUUUAGGAGACAUUGCUAGAUACAGAAAUCAGAGAAAGCAAGCAGAAAGUUUUUACAAACAAGCAAUCCAAGUAUCCCCUAAUAGUGGUCAUCCUUAUAAUCAACUUGCCUUAUUAGAAGCAAGUUUGGGAGAUAAAUUAUCAACAGUUUUUUAUUAUGUCCGGGGUAUAGCAGUUAAAAACCCAUUUCCAGCAGCAACUACUAAUUUAUUAAGUACUCUUAGUUCAAUAAUAGACAGAGACAGGCCAAAUGAACUACAAAGUAGAAUGACUGCUAACGAAUUCAUUAAUUUUUUCAUCUGUACACAUGGUUAUAUAUACACAAUGACAGAUUUGUUUCAAGCUCAAACCAUUGUAAAAAACUUGGGUACAAUAAUGACGGCACUAGUAGCAACCCAAAGCUUCACUGAAGAUAAACUUAUUAAAAUGACAGUUAUAAACUUGUAUGCAUUAGAUCAUAUAUCAAGUAGUGGGAAAAAUGAAGAAUUAACAGUGGACGAAAAAACAGCCAAAUUGUUGAUAUUAGAUCUUCUUGCUAGUUUUCUCAGUGCUUUCCUUGUGCCCAUACAUACUCUUCAAGCGGAUAAGAAUUUGAUAGAUUAUUACGCAUUACCUGCAGUGAAAAUAAUUUUUCAUUGGAUUCAAGAUUCCCCACUUAUUUUGACUGAGAGUGUGUUUAUGAAAAGGCUUCAAAUAUGGCCAAGCUUUUGUAAACUACUCAAUAGUAUACAACCUUUCUUGGAGGAUUUCUCAUACAACGAUUAUGCGAAUGUACCUCUGAGAGAAGAUAAAAACUUGAAGGGUUUUCUACCAUUAUCGAAUUAUUUGAAGCAGUUUGAUUUUGAUAGAUUUGAAGAUGAUAUUAGUAUCUCUAGAUUGAUUAGAGUUAAGAGAAUAUUAAAUUUUGGAUUGUGGUUGACCGAUUUCGAAGUGAAUGGUACUAAAUUGAUAACAAAGACAGAGUCUGAUAAUAUCAUACGAUUUGAACCAGGAUGCAUACAACCUGAUCCAACCAAUGAAUUAUUAGAAGAAAUAAAGUCAUUCAGUAUAGACAACCAGACCCAAAAUGCUACGAAAAUGGAGAAGAAAGGUGGAAUCUUGAAACCCCAAGGAUCUUUGGAAAAAUACAGAGAAGAAAGAGAACUGAUGACAAAUUUGGAGAAUAAUGGCUCUGACAAAAUUACUGUCCAAAUGAAUGUUAAACAGGAAUCUGCCAAGAUGAAGAGAGCCAAACAAAAUGUGGCACUUCAAUCAAUUUAUAAAAAAAUGGAGGAAAAUAAACAGGUUAAAUUCAGCGUAGAAGAAAAAGAUAAAUUGGUCAAGUUUGAACAAAAAUCUACACCGGCUUCCAGAAGUCCCAGUACAAUAACAAAUACCAACAACCAGUUUGGAUCCUCUAUCAGAACUCCGCCUUUCAACCAAAAUCAUUCCGUUUUUCCACCCGUUUCUAACCAUCAACAGCAAGACUAUUUGACAAGUCUAAGAAAUAUGGCCAAUAAUUACGGCAUGGGAAAUAAUUAUCCCAUGCAGGGCAUGUAUGGCGGCGGUAUGAGGGGUAACAUGACCGCUCCAGGUUGGGGAGGUGGACAGGCACCUCAGAAGACCAACUAUAGUCCCAUGAACAUGGGCACCGCCACUUAUAACCAUCUACAGUCAUCUGGAUUCGACGGUAACGCCACGGCUAAUUGGUGGAAUGGACCAGCUGCGAACAAUAUGAUGACGCCAGGGGGCGGUGGAUUCAACAAUUUCAGCAAUCCCCCCCCCUUUGGAGGUCCAAUGAUGGGAGGACCCAAAAUGGGGAACAACAAUCAGGCAAGCGGAGAUUCUUUCAAUUCACCUUGGAAUUAUGGCGGUAAUAUGGGUCAAAUGGGGGGCGGCUUCGAACAGAGUGGAAAUUUGACCAUGAGACAGCAAAUGUUGAAAGAAGCCAAUAAUAUGACGAGCAACAUGGGUGAUAAAUUUGUUCCAAACCAACACAACUCGUCUGGUUAUUCCCUCUUCAAUACAAACAGCUGGAAUCCGAGUCUGACAAAUCAUCUGAGGAACCCUGUGGGCAUCUCUUCGGAAAACGCUUUUGGAUCUAUGCAACAAUCGUCCCUCUUUGCUAACCAGAGACCGCAAUCCUUGGCUCAAUUGUUGGAGCAGCAAAAUCAAAUGCCAAAAAAUGAUUUCCACUGAAUUGACAGUCAAUUUACGAUGGGAAGUAGUAGAUGUGGUGUGUGAAGUUGGGGAAACGUUCACUUACCACAAAUCCUAAUGAAAAGCGAUCAAAACGGAUGAGUAUUUCAAUGAGAAGCAUUCAUUGUCAACAUUUGUUAUACCAGAUUCAUAGUUGAGUAAUAUUGUCAAAAAAAGGCUUAUUUGAAUGAUAUUGCUGCAUUGUAUCGAGAUCUAUUUGUUCUGUUAUUUUUUUUAUGGAAAUAAAACAACCAUAACUGAA